UGUGCUCAAAUACAGUACUUUUCUCUGGGAGGUUGGCAGCUGCUGCUUUGUAAAUGCCUUUCUGCCUCUGUCUCUGUUUAUUUUUUAAAUUUCUUUUCUCAGAUACCAAAUCAAGUGCUGGUGGGAAACCAGAAGCUGCAACCUUAAGAAAGUCUCCUGAAUCAUGAAACAGAGUCAGAGGAAAAAAUCCUCCAAAGAGAGGGAAAAACCUCGGCCCUCGUUUGUCGCCAAGUUAUUCAGAGGACGAAAAGAAGAAGCGAAAGCUGAAACCGGCGGCGUCAGUGAGGGAAUCGAGCUGGGAGGAACAGAUGAUUCCCCGCCAGAUGUUCAGACUGCCGGAGGACAGACCACCCCUGAGACAGCAGAACCUCAGCCUCUCGAUUCCAAAAUGGAGUCAGGAUCCAAUCAGAAGAAAAUCGAACAUUUCCUCCAGAAGUUGGGCAAAAGGUUCAGCAACAGAAGCCUGAAUCUGAAUAACUGUGGAUUCACUGCAGUGGACAUAACGGAACUGAUUUCCAUGGUGCCUUUCCUGCCGGACUUGGAGGAGUUGGAUUUGUCUUGGAAUGAAUUUAUAGGGGGGACCCUCCAGCCCCUAGCCCUUCACAUCCGUCACAUCCCCAAGUUAAGAGCCCUUAGGCUGAACAACUGCAGACUGACAGAAGAAGAUGUCUCGGCGUUGGGAAAUGCCCUUGGAGCCACCCCUGACCUAGAAGAACUAAACUUGUCCUGGAACAGUAGCAUAGGAGGAAAUCUACUUCAGAUUUUUCAUAAAUUCCAGGAAAAGAGUAACCUACAGACCCUCAAACUUAUAGAUUGCAACCUCACACCAGAAGAUGGGAGAUCUCUUGGCCAGGCACUGCUCACCCUCCAGAACCUUGAAGUUCUAGAUCUUUCCAUGAACAGAAACAUCGGCAGCGGCAUGGAGAUAAUAGCUCAAGAGCUGAAAAAUGCCCCAGGCCUGAAAGUGUUAAAGUUACAAAUGUGUGGAUUGACCCCAGACAGCAUUCAAGUUUUAGGUGCCACUUUUGGUUACUUGCCAGAGUUAAGAAAGUUGGAUCUCUCGUGCAACAAGAAGGUGAGAGGAGGAUUUAAAGAGUCAACAACUCACCUGGCCAAACUAAAACACCUCCAAGUUCUGGAUCUUCACCAGUGUUGCUUGUCAGAAGAAGACAUAGACUCUCUGACCCAGGUCAUACCGUUGCUCGUGAGUCUCCGGAGCUUGAAUUUAUCGGCGAACAGAAACAUGGGCGGUUCUUUGGAAACCCUUCUCAGCAGGCUCCGUUUUUUACCCGAGUUGAAGACAGUGGUGAUCCACAACUGUGCAUUAGGGAUCGAAUCUCUUGCCGCUCUGGCUGAGGCCUCCGUUCACCUUCCCGCACUGGAGAUAUUUGACCUUUCUUGGAAUAAGUGUGUUGGUGGAAACCUAAAGCUGCUUUGGGAGACAUUAAAGCUUUCAUCCGCCCUUCGGGUGCUGAGACUGAGUAGCUGUAACCUGGAGACUGAGGAUAUGUCGCUCCUAGCAUCCGUAAUCCAAGCCGGCCACUUAGCCAAACUGCAGACAAUGGACCUGAGCUAUAAUGACAACAUCUCCGACGAAGGCUGGGCCACGCUCAGCCAGGCUCUGCUGGCCCUCAGAGAACUGAGCGAGCUGGACGUCAGCCUUUGCCCCUCGGCGUUUCGGCCCGGGGGAGCCUGGUUCAGGCACUUGCUAGAUGGCUUGCCUCAAAUGACCAUGCUCACCCAGUUAGGGAUCCAGCGAUGGGUUCUCCCUGCCCCUCAGGAGGAAAGCCUGGAAUACUUUAACCGAGACCACAAAAGAGAUGUUCACUUUGAGUAUGAUGGGUUUCGGUGAGCUGGUAAAUAAUUAUGGCAUUUGUUAAGUGCUUACUAUGUGCCAGGCACUACUAAACACCGUGGGUGGGGAGGAUAUAAGAAAAUCGGGCUGGACGCCCUGUCCCACAAAGGGCUCACGGUUAUACCCAUCACAUAAA